AGUGCGGGGCCAGAGAAUGAGGCUAGGUGGGGGUUGCCGCCCCUCUCACGCGUUAACCCCGCCAACGUGUAGAGAAUCGUGAAAGAGAAAAAGAGAUAGACGUAGGAGAAAAGAGAAAAGAGAGAGAGAGAGAGAGACGGGGCCACUGCCCCUCUCCUCCUUACCGGAGGUUCCUAUGAAUUUUGCGACACUCAAUAAAAAGUGGUUCCACGAGGUUAACAUUUCGGUAACUAUACCCUCGCCUACCCGGGGCGCGCACGCACGUAUAGAACGACGAACGCGGAUCGGGACGGACACGCGUAGAUACACGGUUGCGGCGACGAGGACGAGGACGAGGACGAAGACGACGGCGACGACGAUACGACGACGCGACGACGACUACGACGAGGGAUCGCUUAAAGGCGCUCACGGACGCGUAGAGGAACUCACACACGCGUAGCGACGAAAAUUCAGCCGUCUGUACGAGGGAAUACAAGCGGGCCAGCUAAGCCGGUACAUACGCGCGUUCAGAGAGAGAAACACGGUUGUGUGUAACAGCGAGGAGAGCGAGAGAGGGACAGGAAGAAGGAGGAGGAAGGAGAGAGAGAGAAAAAGUCCGAGGGACACACAGAGGAGCGCGCGGGCUCACGCAUACAUGCACGCGCAUGCACGCAUACCACGAGACCGCCGAAAAAACUGCACGGGAGAGGCGCAGCAACGGGCAAACCGAACCGCGCGCGAAUCAAGUGCUUUGGCCAGUCGCGUUCCCAAUCACUCUACGACUAGGUAGUCCCCCGGUGUGUCCCAAAGAAGCGGCAGGAAGCUGGUCCUUUGCUCGAUGGUGUCGUCCCGCAAGAUAAUAUUGGAUACUUUACCGCGGGAUCCUUCGUAUAGAGAUCCUACGCUACGUUCGCCGACUACGUUUUAACAGAUCUCUUGCGAAUUUCGAUCGUCGCUCACGCGAUCCUCACAAUCAGUUUCGGAGUUCUCCGGAUCACACGGGAGUGCGUUUGUUCCUCUUUUAUUUCUUUGUUCCCGUUGCAUCAGACACACGCACCCGUCGUCGCCGUCAACACGGAAGAAGAAAGACAAGCAACGAAACAUAGUGAUAACCACGCGUGCAAACGUAUGGGAAUCGUUGCGGCAACCGAUUCACGGUGAUCCAGUUGCAUCGCGUCGUAUCGCAUCGCAUCGCAUCGCUCCGCGUUGCACUUUACGAAGAUCGAGCAAAGAGAGAAGGGAAGAUCCUUGGCAAAGGGAUAUUUGUCCUUCUUCGUGUACGCACGCUAUUGUUACGCUGUAACGACUACGACGAUCGUUCCUUCACGGACACGCGUAUCCUUCGUCCUUUUCGUCCUUCGAGGCGCGUGUGACAGCCGCGUGUACCGAGAUACGCGAUCCGGGCCCUUUCAACCAGACCUCUUCAAAAUUGGUGAGCAACAGGACGAACAGUGAAAAUCAACGAUAAAUAGGCUGUAUAACAGGAAAAGAAAAAGAAAAGUGUGAUCGUAUUUUUUUUUUUUUUUUACGUCGUCGACUACGUAGGAAAGUUUGUCGCGUUUCUGGAGGAUCGACGAUAGUGGAUUCGUGUCGAUCGAACGGAGCGAUCGUUUGGGCGCGUUCUUCGUCGAGUUCGCGAGAGGAAAUCACGUUGUCAAGACGAGACUCGUUUGUCGUCGAUACGUUGGUCGUGCAUCGUGUUUCACGAGGAUGGACCUACGAGUGUCCUCGAGAUCCUGCGGAACGCACGAGACUGGCGUGGUUUAGGGAAUCUCAAGCGGAUCCAGAUAGCUCCGGUGUGAAUAAUCGGGGGGCGAGGCGACAGUGGAGACGAAGACCAAGAGGAAGACGAAGUCGGGGACAGACAGAAAUCGAGAGAGCCGGCUGAAAGAAGAGAAAAGAAGGCUUGCUCGUCGUCGCGAUCGUCGCAUCCGACAGUCAAACGGUGGGUUUAGCACCGACGACAAGGACACCGGGCAAAGGAGCCCCACACUUUACUUCGCACUCGACGAUCAAGGUGAAUAAACAUAACGAUGGUAGAUACGCAACACUUUUGUCUGCGAUGGAAUAAUUACCAAAGCAGUAUAACGUCUGCGUUCGAAAACUUGAGGGAUGAUGAGGAUUUCGUGGACGUCACACUGGCCUGCGAUGGCAAAAGCCUCAAAGCGCAUCGCGUCGUACUUUCCGCUUGCAGUCCCUACUUUAGAGAAUUGCUCAAGAGCACACCGUGUAAACACCCGGUGAUAGUACUUCAGGAUGUAGCGUUCAGUGACUUGCACGCGUUGGUGGAGUUCAUCUAUCACGGGGAAGUGAACGUGCACCAACGUUCCCUUAGCAGUUUUUUGAAGACCGCCGAAGUCCUCAGGGUAUCAGGGCUUACGCAACAGACGGACCAAACAGACAGGGACGAGCUGUCCCAUGUCCGCGCGUUAGCUGCCGGUGGUAAUCAUCUUCCCUUCCACGAGAAAUUGGAAGAGAGCUUUCCACGGGGUGGUUCGCCACCCACGCCGGUUACCUCGACGCCAACCACCGUGCAACAACUUCUACGCAGAGCACAGAUACGCAGGAACGAGAGACGAACGCCGGAUCCUCACGAUGAAUCGGCGAAGAAGCCGAGGGUGCCGUCGCCGCCGCUGAACAACAACGACGCGACGCCCACGGAUUUCUCGAUGGUGAAGAAUAAUCAUCUGUCGAGCAAGGUCGAGGGUAACGGUGUACACGAAGAGAACAGCCCCCUCGAAGACAACAUCAAGUGUGAGCCACUGGAGCUGACCGGUGGUAACAGCGGUAACGGUGGUAACAACGAGGACUCGUCCGACUCUGGAGCAGCGGCGUCGGAUCGACCACCGGCCUCUGCCAGCAGUAACGAGCACGAGGUCGAAUCCGAGCACACACCCUCCUCGAAUUUUCUGUCAGAAACGAAAAUUUUCCCGCCCACGCCUGGAGGCUUUAAUUUCAGUAUGGCAGCGCUCGCUCCUGAGCACACGCCAUUGUCAGUGAAAUUUCCAGGAUUGGGCCACGGGUUUCAAUCGCCGGACUUGGCAGGAACUUCGCAAGGUACGGGCAACGGGAUGCAUCCAGCACCGUCGACGCCUCCCUCUGCCAUGUACCGGAUGCCACCGCCAACGGCGGGUGGUAUCAACGAGCCUCAGGAAUGCCCGUACUGCCGUCGCAACUUCUCAUGCUACUACUCCCUGAAGCGUCAUUUCCAGGAUAAGCACGAGCAAUCGGAUACCCUCUACGUAUGUGAGUUCUGCAACCGCAGGUAUCGAACCAAGAACUCGCUGACGACGCACAAGAGCCUUCAGCAUCGUGGCUCCAGCGUAAUGCUCAAGAGGCUGUUGAAGACCACGACGUUGAAGAACGUUCUAGGCAGCAUGCAACAGGGCCAGAUGCAACAGCAGCCGCAAUGAAAAUGUCGGAACCGUCUUACAGUCUCCCCGUCCCCUGGACUCACUGCAUCCUCGUAUUCUCAUCGUCAUUGUUUACGUCCUUGCCACCAUCCGGUUCUUCGUCGUUCGAUAUCGUCACGGAUCGUUACGAUCGGUUAUCCUCGAUUCUUCCUGGACCAAAGUACGCUGCGAUGCGUCUGGAUGCGUCACAGAGCGACGACAUACGCGUUUCCGAUUCGUCGAGUCGUUGCGCGUUCUCUGAAGAUCGAUCGAACAAAUCCUAUACGAGGCACGCGUCGAUCGUUCGUUAGAAUAUCGAUCUCGAAUCGAUCGGCUCUUCAUUGCCGAUUCUCUACCACCCCUCGCUCGUCAAUGUUCUUCCAUCGGCCGAGGGUCACGCUUCUCACACCCUCCUACACCUUGUAGUCGUCGUUUUGUAGUUCUCCUCGAGUCAAGACUGCGAUUAAUCCAAAGAAGAUGAAGAUUAAGAAGAAGAAGAAAAAGAAGAAGAAGGAAAUCGACUGAGAGACACGCGAUCUCGAAAUAUUCCCACGAUACGUUUCGUUGGGUUUCAAAGAAAAUGAUUGCCGUAGCGCGUGCGCGCGUGCAAGAACUGAGAAUACAUUCCAUUGCAUUGGCUUCCAGUCCCGCUGACCGGAAGCGAGUAGCUCGGACCGUUUCGACGAGGUCUCGAAUGUGUGACCGUCGCGUCGCUUUAACGCGUUCUACCGAGGGACUGACUCGACAGAGACUGUCAGCAACGUUUCUACAGGCAAACGCGCCCAUUUUUUUACAAAUUCUAUAUCACGAAAUUCGACUUUCUAAUUAGCUACGAAUCCUUACGGAUCCUUUUGGAAUAAUUACGAUAUCGUUCAAAAGUAAUAGUACUUAUCUUCUCGGAAAACGAGCGUGGCCUUGCCUGUUUCGCAUGUUGGGUCGUACGAGUCUCGGCCAGUCCCACGACACAUGUCAAUUUACAAGAUUAUCUUGCUAACGAUCGAAGCAGCGAUCUCGAAUCGUUUAGCAGAGAAACCACGAAGAACCAGGGACAGGGUGGCGAUUGGGGAAAGAAGAUUGAGGAAAAUAUGUAUCAGGAAUGAUCGAAACAUCGUGUUGUACAUAGAUGUUAACGCGUAUAUGUGUGUACGUACGGUAUGCGUGUAAAGUAAGAAAGAAAGUGUGCGUAUGUGGGUGUUGAGUGUACGUCUCUGUCGCUGGAACUUUUUAUGCGCACACACGCGAUACGCAUAAGUAUUCUCGGAUGUCAGGGGGGUGGGGGAAUUGUAGAUCGAGUAUCUUAGGCCUAAAUGAAAUUCAAUUACAAAGUCUACAAAAUAUGUGCUCAAAUUUCGGGAAUAGGGAGAGGGGUUAGAAAGGAUUCAGCGUUUUCGGCAAUCGAGAAACGAAGGGGGCGAGUAAGAAAAUUAGCUAAAUAGGCCAAGUAGAGCAGGAUAAGAGAAACAAAAAGGGGAAGGAUUUAGAGGGAGUCGUUGCGUGGAGUUAAAGGGGAGAGAAGAAGCGGUAGAAAAAAAAAGUGCAAGUAGAAGUUAGAUAUUGGGCUCUUACACGUGUACAGGUCCGUCGUGCGCGUAAAUUACAGACUAUAUUUUUAACUCUUUAAAAAUAAGAAUAUUUUGAGCUGUACAUAUAUAUACAUACAUAUAUAUAUAUUAUAUUCGUACGAUAUUGAUAACGAUGAUAUUCUCUUGUUCAGGUUUUAUAAAGGGGUGAAUGAAUGAAAGAAAGGAGAAACAGAGUGUAGUUCGACGUAGAUAGAACCUCGGUCGGAGCAGGGCAGUGAUAAAAAAGCUCAGGCGUUCCUCUCAUUUUCGUUUCGUUCGAGAUUCGCGCGUUUACGAGUCACAAUUAUACGCGUCUCAAUUGGCGAAUGUGCAAUAUUACGAGUAAGGGGAUAAAUUAGAGGAUUCGGGAGACCCUUGGUCUGCCUGUGGAACCGGCAGCAACCAACGUUUCGUUCCAUGUCUCGAUCUUUUUCGUUUUCUCUUCGUGUUUCGUGCUCGUGUCGUUCGAAGGGUCGUAGAAAAAGACAGAGGGAUCCAAUUAGGCCAAAGAGAAAAAAGGAAGCAUAGAUACACGGGGAUGAGAAGAGGUUCUAAAAAGAAUUUCGCGCGAGACUGUCGAAGCACUGCCCUGUUCUUUUCGAAACUUCGAUGCGCAUCCAUGCUGUAAACGAACGUACAAGCGAGAGGAAACCCUAAAAAAGAUGUUCAUCGUGCAACAUAUUCAGGUUUAGAACUCAGUAUAAAAAGAAGAAAAAUGAAAAAAGAAUAAAGUUGAUGUUUUAUCGCAUAAUUAAGGGAUGGGGGGUUACAAACGAAAAAAGAAUAAUAAAACAAAGGAAAUGCCAUUAUAACUAACGAGCAAGUACAAAUUAUCGAGGGAAAAAAUGAUAAAACAAAUUACGUCUACGUCUUAAUUCUUAGGUUUCUUAGUAGCGAAGAGAGGGAUUAAAAAAGAAAGAAGAAAGGGAAGAUAUUUAACGACACGAGAAGAGUAGAAUUUACGUGCCCAUGCGUCUUCUCGGGCUUUAAACGACGGGGUUAGCACAGAGAUAAACAGACAGAAAAGAGAAGAGAGAAUACGAAGAACGAGAGAGAGGGAUAAGGUUUUCCAAAAACAUAUCUUCGAAACACGAAGUAUACCGUGAACGAGAAAUACGAUUUUAGCUUUAGGUGUCUUCCGAUGGCGGGAGUUUUUAAAAUAAUUGCGUAUACAUUACGUAGGGGUAAAAAGAAAAGAAAAAACUAUCUUUUCCGCGGCCGGUCAAAGCAUAAUGUGGAGAAAAUGAUUUUAAAAAGGAAGGGGUGGGUGAGAUCAACGUGCGGACGUGUUUGCUUUUCGAAAAAAAAAAUUUCUUUUCGACAUGGGAAAAGCGUAAAUAUAAUUCGUUAGUGAAAAUUAUCCUAGUCAUUUUGGAAACCUUUUAUAAUUCUGUGAUAUAACGUCGGACUAGUAUCAAGAUAUGUAUUUGGCGCUACAAAAUGAAAAAGGGGAACAAGUAAUCAGGGUUGGGUUGCGCGGGGAAUAAAAGAGAAACAAACUAAAAUAUUUACCACCUUUCCACAUUAUGAUUGCCGGCAUGUGUGUGUGCAAAAUUGCGUACUGUAUAGCGAAAAAAAAAAAAAGAAACUAAUUGGUUAAUUAAUAUCGAGGAAAUUCUGUGAUGUUCUUCAGUUGAGGUAUACUAGAAACGAAAAUGUUAGAGGUAUAACGAAGAAAACAAAAACACGUAUACGGAAUUAGAUCGAUGUUCGGUGUUGUGUAAGUUAAUAUUGUAAAUUAAAACGAACGGAAAAAGAAAAAAGAGACAAGAAGAGAAAAAUACCGAGACACGAGACGAGACUUUUACGCCGAGAAAAUUCAAGAUCGAAUACUGUACGGAGUUUCUGCGAUUGUCCAGGCGACCGCUGAUCCGUUUUCAUUAAAAUUCAAGGAACACGUGUUCGAUUCAAUGGGAGCAACGAGCGAAGAACUGAACCGCGUGUCGUGGAAAAUUUUCCGGGAAAAUCUCGUGGAAAAAAGAUGUCGCGUUGAGCCUACUCUUGUAGGCUCGAAAUUUUAACGAUCGGUACGAUACCAAAGUGGAUUUGACUGUUAUACUACGAUUAUUUCUCUUUUUUUUUUUAAUUAGUAUCUCUUUUUGUUUUCUUCUUUAAGCGAAACCAAAGCGUGUAAGGAGUUUUCCCGAGGACGACGCGCGAACCACUCGCUCCUAGACGUUUCUCGCGAUCGGCUGUCGCCACGAAUCGAGGAACGAAGCGCAGUGUUUUGAUAUAUUAUAUAACAUAUCUCUUCAGGGUACUCGACCCACUGUACGAUGACACGGUGUUGAAUCGAAAAAUUACAAAAAAGAGAAAAAAAAAUGAAAAAAAUUAUAUAUUAUACAUUAUACAUACACAAAACGACACACACAUACACAGAAUCUAUUCCAAUGUGCCAACGUCUUCGAACUUCGAAAAAAAAAAAAAAGAGAAGAGAAGCAAGGAACUUUAGGUCUUUUACUAUUUACACGAGAAAAGGGGAAAAGGGAAAUGUAGUUAGAGGCGCGUCGCAUCUUCUAUCGAGAAACGAAUAUUAUCAACGUCAUUACUACCACUAAUCGUUUUAGGAUUUAAAGCGAAUAUUAUACAAAAUAUUAUCGAGGAACUUUUUCGAACUUUAAUGCAUGAAUUUUUGUCUCGUAUGCUAUUAAAACAACAAAAAUGAAAAAAAAAAAUACAAGAAAACACAAGUUAGAAGUUCUAAAUGGGAAUGAAAGAAAGAAAGAACAGAGAGCAAGGGGUAGAAUACAGGAUGAUUGCGGAUGAUGUGGGAGAGAAUGUGAAUGGACGAGAGAAUGAAAGAAAGAAAAUAUUUUAAACUAUCUAUUUUUAUUUGCAUUCUAAAUAUUACUUGCGUGUAAAUAUUGAUAUCAGUAAGUAACGUCUGUACCUCUGACGAUGGUAUCGCAGAGAGGGAUAUAGGUAUCGUAAUUUGGGACCGGCAUAGGCGUUCAUAUCGUAUUUUGGCAUUGGGGUGCGAUUGUGUGUGAGAACACUGGACGUUGGAAAGGCUCUGCGUCUUUGUGUGGACGAUGAUAUGUGGUUUAUUGUUGUCUCGAGAUAUAUAAGCUAUUUCUAUUCACGUACUUUCGUUUUUCUUGUCGAUCGUGAAUCGCACCGACGAAACCAACACAGCAGACCUUUUUAUACCGCUCCAAACCGAUAACUGUCGAAUAUCUAACCGGAUCGAUUGUGAGGGAAAACUCGUCGAAUGGUGGACAUGAUCAUGAUCGUUUUGUAGAUCAGGAUUCUGUCAAACGACGUGUUCCACGAGUUUUUCACGACAACGAAUACAUUCAUAGAUUCUAGCUUCCGUUUGAAACAUUAUUAUAGCCGUUGGUCUUAACACGCAAACGUACGUAGAGGGUUAACAAUGUUAGUUGUCACUCGGUUUCGUUUAAUUUUUCUUUUUCUUUAAAUAUGUAUAUCAACGACUUGCAUCGCACAUGAGUUGAGCUAACAGCUGGCGGUGCUCAAAUUAAUUUCCUGGCGCUGUGACGAAAUACUUUGAUACGCGAAUUUACUUUCGAGAAGGCUGAUUUUUAUAAUUUUUAAACGUGUCCACGUUUAAUUAAGGACUAAAAUUUAUUUUUACUAGUUUCCAGACUCUUUUUUUGUUUGUUUGUUUUUUUUUUAAAUCCCUGCGUACAAGGGAGAAAUGGACUGAUUAGACUGUUUUUUUUUUCGAUUGGUAUAAACUAUUUUUUUUUCCUUUCUUGAUCAUGUGAUAUUGUCUUACCAAAGAGCAUCGGGAAAAUUGUGAAAAAUUCUCGGACUUUCGGAUCGGUAUCCACCUUUGGAAAAUCGAAUAGAAAAAUACAAUUUUACACGAAAGAUACAAAGAUACUAUUUAUUUUAUUGAUCUCGACCGAGUAUCAAAACUGUUCUAUUAUUUUUUGGCUCGAGAAGAAAAUUCUUGUGGUAUCGCGAAGGUCCGAGAAAAUGUGGCGAAUAUAAUUAUUCUUGAUACGAAUAUCGUUCGGUUUCGAUCGAAAAAAAGCAAAAUUUCCAUUGUUUUCAAAAAAGGGGGAUCAAAAAACAAAAGUGGAACUACGAAGGGAAAAAAGAAACUUGAGGUUGAGGAAGAAAUGCAUCUUCGAAUCGAAAACAGAAACAAAAGCUGCUUAGGGAUGUGUAAUUAUGGUAAAAAAAAAAGGGGAAAAAAUGAAAUGAAAUGAACGAAAGAAAAAAAAUAAUAACGUCGAGCAUAUAGGAGAAAGACUACUUAGAUUUAUUUUUAUUAUGUCUUCAAAAAGACUUUAAAUAUAAUAUUUAUAUUGUGCCAUAAUUAAUAUUAACAGAACCUUAAGUAUAAAUUAAUUGUUACGAAAGUUUUUAAAUUUAUCGGAAGGGGAAAAUUGCAAAAACAUAAAAAAAUUGUGAAAAACGAUAAGACGAAGAAGAAAUGAUAUCUCUACAGUCUAUCGAAUAAUUAACUGUAAUGAUAGUUAUUAAGCGAAAAAAAAAAAUAUUGCGUCAUUUUUAAGUGAAUAUCGCAUUUACAAGAGAAGCUAGGAUUAAAAAUAAUAACAACGGUCGAUCACAUCCGCUCAUCACGUAACACUAACAAAUUCACUUAGCGUGCGUCCUCUUUUCACUUCUGUCGCUCAAAACCGAAUAGAACACGACAAAGAACAACCCAUAGAAGAGAAAAUGUUAAGGCACACCUAUCCACCCGUCGUUCUUCCGCGUACGAAGUACCGCCCCGCUUCGUUCUUGCCAAAUUUUCAUAAAAUGCUAUUGUCACGGAUCGUCGACUCGUUUCUUUAGAAACAUAUUUUUCUGGCUCUUAUAUUUAUUCGCAAGUUUUCUCAUUGAUGUUCGGAGCAAGCGUUUAACGAUAUCAACCGUCCCGUAUGAAAAGCACGACGAAAGAAACGGGUCGAUGAUAAGAGUGUCGAUUGUUCAGCGAGAAGAAGAAUGACACGUGUAUGCGAGAUAACAAACAUGAGUGAGGUACACGCUCUUUAUUGGAAAAAAGGGAUUGUAAGCUCUUGCAAAUAUCAGAUUGUUCUUUUUCUGUUGAUUUUGCGCCUUGUUUUUUUUCGUUUCAUAGUAGAGCGUGUACUUACGUCUUCAUUCAUUUUGGUAGCACGCUAAACCGCAUCGAAUAUCAUCGUUUCAUUCGAUUCUACAUAUCGUCUGUGAGUGUAUCCCUUAGAUUAUAGAUUACAGAUCCUCCCGUCAGCCCGAUAUCAUCGGAAUCACUUUUACGUUCUGCUCCGUAAGUGUAUUAAUCAUACGAUGAACUUUGUCUAUUCCGGCUCUUCAGCCUGUUUCAACGUUAUCAGCAAUUGUUUUAAUCAUCGGUUACGACUGUGCUACUGUCAUUAAUCGAUUAACCAGGGAUAGUUUAAUCAUUAGUUAGUCUCGCGAGGGAAGGAAAUAAAGAACGAAGAUGUACGAUAUACAUAUUAUAUAGUGACGAGGAGUCGAUGGCACGUUAUGUUAACUUUUUAUGUACAUAAAUAUAUAUAUAUGCAGAUAUGUACGUAUACAUACAUGAUACGCAUAAAAUACUAUAUAUAUAUAAUAUUAUAGUUACAUAUAUUAUAUAUAUAUAUAUUAUAUAUAGGCCUAUUUUGUAAGAUUUCUCCUUGGUUUUAUUUUUUAUGUUAAUCUUUAUUUUUAUUCUUUUCUUUCGAUUUGUUACUGCGAUUUUUCCAGAGUGAUUUUGUUUAAACGCGUUAAGGAGAACUUACUGGAUACUUAUUAUUAUUAUUAUUAUUAUCAUUAUCACAAUUAUUGCUAUUAUUAUUAUUAUCAUCAUUAUUAUUAUUAUUAUCACAAUUGCAAUUACUGUAAUAAUAUAAUUAUUAGCACUAGAAUUAUUAUUAUUAUUUUUACUAUUAUUAUUAUUAUUAUUAUCGUUUCUGUCACGAUUACGAUAGUUUGUUUCUUCGAGAUCGAACGAUCGCGAUGUGUGCGAGUGCUCUGCGUCGUGUUAAACUUUCAGACUUGUUGCGAAUCGCUCACACAUCGUGAACACACCGUCGUUUUCUCGCUUUCGAGUUUUUGUUGCUUGCGAUUUAUUCUUUUCUUUUUUCUUUUUCUUUACUUCCUUGUCACGAUCACGAAGCGUCGAUGGUUUCCAUCCGUUUGUAAUGGUUAAUUUUAGGUCCCGUAAUUAACGAUACGAAGCAGAAAUUAGUAAGAGAUAGACCGGGUCGUCGUCAAACGCAAAAGGAUCCACGUGUUGCGAGCAUGUGCAUAGUCGAUCGCGAAGCUUUUCAACAGCUUCCGAUUUUCUUUUCACGAACAAACGAACGAGAUUGGGUUCAGCAUUAACACGAACGAGAUCGACCUUCCUUAUUGGCUUGUAGCUACAUUUUCAUCGAGCAUUUUCUAUUCUUCGUAAUCUAACUUUGUCAUCUAACUUAGAUCGUUCUCCAUCGUGACAGCAUUGUCCAGAGAAUAAUAAAAAUAAAAUAAAAGAGAUGAAACGAAAUACACAGGUUACACGUACAUACACACACGCGCACAGUAUAGAAACUGUGUGAAAGAUUAUAAAGAGAGAAUCAUUCGCGACGUUGUGGAAUCUUUCGUGGACAAUCACGGCCCGACUAUAAUUGUAAUUGUAAACAAAGUGCAACACGCUGCCUUGCUGAACAGUACAAGUACAAAACGAAUACAAAUACAUAAAGCAUGUCUUCGAUUUAAUGGAUGGAAAUGAUUCCGGUAGUUAAGAUAUCAAAAGUACGAAAGAGAGAGAGAGAGAAAGUAAAAUAAGAGAACAAAAAUAAUUACAAAAAAAAAAAAAUGAAGAAGAAGAACAUAGCGUUUAAUCGUAGAGAAUGGAAGAGAAAACGAGCCUCCGUUGUAAGAAGCGCCGCUGUUCGUCGAGCGUGUUAGAAACAGAGAAAAUCCGACACGGCGAGCGUUCGUUCAGAAAUACCUCAAUUGUCGUGGCCUCAGACAUUCGAAAAGCGCCCAAACGAUCCUUCUAACACGCGUCUUACAUAUCUAUCCGUCGUUCUGCAGAUCGUAGAAAGGCAAUUUUUCUAAUUUUUCGUUCUGUUUCCUCUUUUCCUCGUCAGAAUCUUUUGUGCUUUAAAAAGGUGUCCCUUCUUGAAGUACAAAAGUUCUUCGUUUCUAAUCGAGACGCAUCAUCAAUUUAUCGUGGAUCGUUGGUCCAAAGCAAAGAUGUCACUGCCAAACGCAAAAAGCAUUCACGCGAAAAGAGCCUUUCUUGGAAAAAAAAAAAA